CGCCAUUGCUAAAAUCUACGCUUGACUAGAAUUUACGUUUUGUGUUUCAUACAUAUUUAUAUUAAUAAUUUUUGAGUAUUUAAUUUGUUGAUAUGGAGGAAUGCCGCACGCCAACGGGUCAGCAUAUAUCCAGCUAUAACCGUACGCCCAUACUGUCGGUGAUCAAUAAAAAUUCCCACAAUAUACGCUGCUCCACACCCAUUUUUGAUGACUUGCGUUCCCCCAAUAUGUCGCCCAUUAAGGAUAUGCGGGCACCUAGAAGGACCACCUCGGCAACGUUCUAUAAAAAAGCAUUUAAAAAACAACAACAAAUGUCGAAGUCCAGCUUGAAGCCACCUGGCCGGAAAGUUGAGGAUCGCAACAACAGCUUGGAUGAGUUCAUGGACGACUCGAGCAGCGGCAACAGUGCGGAAAAUUCAUUGUGCAAGGAAUCACGGCGUCGCUCGCUGCUUGCGGCAAAUCACUCGUAUGUCAUCAAUCAUGCGAGCAAUGUACAUGAUGUGCUGCUCCUCGUGGGUCUAGAAAGCUAUCUUGAUAAGUUCGAAAAGGCGCACAUUGAUCUGGUUGAAUUGGUUUCGAUGGAGUACAAAGAUCUCAAACGAUUGGGACUGCGUAAUGAUGAGGACUGCAAUCGCAUACUGGACGCCCUCAAAGAAAUAUAGAGUGCUUGGUGGUAUCUAUUUGAAGCGAUCGCCGGUUGAUCUGCUUAUUAAUUAUAGUUUUACUAAAUCAAAUUUAAAAUUUUAAUCAAAGCGGUUCUACGAUAGUAAAAUGUUAUAUCAAUUAGCUUUUGUGUGCCUACAUAGCUAAUAGGUAUGUUGUGUGUGAAUGUUCACCAUAUUAAUAAUGUUGGUACUUUUAUAUGAAUGCUAUCGAUAAGUUUAUAUAUGUAACUGUGCGCUAUAAACGGCAUUAGCCUUGUUAGUUGUGAAUCUCUUCAAUUAAGAAAACUAUUUUUACUCAUUACUAUUUAAUGAAAAUAAAUUGUUAAAGGUAUAUUUGAA